GCUGCCUUAGUCCCGGAGACGCGGAGGGUCGCGGGGGUCCUGCCAUGCCCCGCCGCGCCGCGCCUCCCGCUGCGCCCUUCUGGGAGAUGCUGGCGUUGCUGUCCCGGGAGCCGGGGAUGGGGUGGCUGGAGCGGGAGCUCGCCGGGAGCAGCCGAGGAGCAGCGCCCGGAAGGGAGCUUGGUUGCCGUAAGAAACACUCUUUGGGACCUUUGCCUCUGAAGACUUUGUCGUUGUUGGAGUGCUCAGGCGAUAGUAGGCUUUGGCAAGUCUACUUCAAAGGACUGAAGAAAUUCCUCCUCUUUAGGAAAAGCAUGGGAAUGCCUGCAGCCUGGCCAAUCCCAGGGGAGCAAGUUAGAGGGUUUUUGGCAGUGGAAUCUCUGUAUUCGUCAUCAGAGACACUGAUGUAUGUGACAGCACUGUCUUAUCUAUCAAAAUUGACUGGUAACUCUGAUCCACUGGCAGAUCCUAUAACCCAUUGCAUGGUGAUUGGGUUGAAACGUCAAGCGGGCAUCCUGAGGGAUAUAUACUUGCCCGUAACAAUUGAGGUGUUGCGGUCUCUCCUAGGAGCUCUGGAGUCUAUAUGCAUUUCUUAUUAUGAAUGCUUACUGUUUCGUGCAUUAUUUACUGUAGCUUUUUUUGGGGCGCUCAGAAUAGGAGAGAUGGUGGCAAAGCACCAUCAUGUACUACAGCCUGAGCUGCUGUACCUGAGUGACCUCCAGCUGAUGGAAAGGAGAGCAGUGUUUCAUCUGCAUAACUCUCAUGUGGGCCCGGAAAGACACAUUAUCAGCCUUGGGCUGUCCAGAGAGCCAUGGGUGUGCCCUGUUCUGGCCCUCUGGAACUAUGUAACAGUUCGUUCACAGUUGGAAGGGCCACUCUUCCUGCACUCAGAUAACAGGACUGUAACAAAGAGGGAGUUCCUGACUGUUUUCCGAUGUGCCCUGCGGCUCCUGGGGCUGUGCCCAGAGCAGUAUGGUGUGCAUUCCUUCUGGCUGGGCACUGCUGUUACUGCAGCACGCUGUGGGUAUCCUGAGGAAGACAUCAUUCGCCUGGCAAGAUGGCCCUGUAUGAGCCCAGGGAGAUCACAGCCAUGGAGACCUAUGGGAAAAUAGAAGCUAAUGUAUUACCUUCUUUCCUUAGAGUUUCUAGCCUUUGAUGUUAAUUUUAUAUUAAUAUCUGUAAUGAUUUUUUUACCUUUCAGUGGAGUGGUCUCUAAAGUUCACUUACAGUGUCUGCUUGUUCUUUCUUGAGAGUUGAGGGUGGGGGAAUGUCAGACUUCCUGUGCAUGGGUCUUGUCUGUCUCUUUUGACAGAGCAAGUCUACAGAUUGUUCUAUCUUCUA